GAUACAACAAGUCUUUCUUUUCGUAAUCGUCGCUUCUAUUGUUAUUACUCGCUCUACUCUUCCACAGUAUUCAGGUUUCGAAUCGUCUUCUGAAUAUUUACGUCCACAUCCUCUCACAUACCCGAUCAGCUGCAUAGCUUCACGACCAACGCAUGUCCACCACCAGCGCAUCGGCCCGCAUCAAAGCCCUCUCAAACCACCUUUCCGUGCCACCUCAGCAUUCGACGUCUACUCCAAGCAUGUCUACAGAAAAGAAACCCCCGAUUACCUGCCAUGUCCUCGAUACGACCCUGGGUCGCCCCGGCCCAAACAUACCCGUCACCCUCACCCUACAUCCCGCUACAGCAGCAAACGCAGAAAGCCCUACAAAAUUCAGCGGCCUGACAAACACCGACGGUCGCGUCGUCUCCUGGACACCCUCCUCACCAUUCUCCUCCGCCAGCUUAGAAGAAGUCUUCAAACAAGAAGGCGACCAGAAGUACACACUGUCGUUUGAUACCGAGGCAUAUUUCGGGGAGAGGGGAGUGAAGACUUUCUUUCCGGAGGUAGAGGUCAAAUUCUUGGUUAGGCAGGAGGCAAAAGGGGAGCAUUAUCAUGUGCCGGUGCUGUUAGGGCCGUUUGGAUAUACUACGUAUCGGGGAAGUUGAGAGGUAGCUAUAUCAGGGAUAUGACUUUCGCCUUCACUUGGGAGGGUUUUAGAUGGCCAAAGACAGAGUUAGGGGCCGACAUUGCUCGAAUUGAAUCGAGGGGACCAUGAGUACUCUUGGAGAGUUCUCUUUCAUCACUCCACUUGAUGAACAUAGUGGAUUGACGUUAUUACGUUUUGAUACUGAGACGUAGGCGCAACGCUGUUUGGGAACUCGGACGAUGAUUGCAAUACAGGUAUAUAUCACAAACACGUACAUUGAUUGACAGGUGACUGAGCAUAUCCGUUUGGUUCAUCGAUUGUAGCAAAUGCCACAGCAAGCAUAGUCUAUCUGUUUUAUCUUACAUCGUUACAGUCUUUUCUACCUUCAUAUC